CCGCGGGCGGGGGAGCCGGGCGGGACAGCGCCGUCGCUCGAGGGUGGCCGGGCUCACGCUGGGGGCCCGCAGGCGUCCGUGCCCUGCCGCCGCCCGGCCCGGCGGGUCCCGCAAGGCCGCUUGCGCUCCGCCGCGCGUCUCCCCGGUGCGGGUCCCGCCCGCGCCGCCCCCCUUCGCUGGCGGCCAGCCCGGAAAAGGUUGUGCUGCCGUCCUGGGACAGGGGGAGCGUGCGCUCCUCACCCUCCCCUUCGCUCCCUUCCUUCUUGGCGUGAAGCGGGCAGGCUCUGAAGCGCCUGGUGUCGGUACAAAGGGCCGGCGAGUCCCCGGCCCGCCGCGGCGCUGGCCGGUGUGCCCUCCGGGAGCGGUGGUAGAGCUCCCGGCGCAGAGGUGGUUUACAACAGCGAGGGAAAAGUUACCGGUUCAGGUACCAAAGUCGUGUGUUCGGGCUCCCAUCAGCUUCAGGAUCUGGUGGUUUCUCUGACAAAGUUUGUGUUACCAGCUUGCAGUGAUGAGCAUCAUCUUGACAAAUAGAACGGGUGUGAAAUGUAGAAAGUCUUUUUCUUCUUACGGCUUGGGUGUAACCUUCAGCCUGUUGGCAGCACCCCUGUCGUGGUAGUGUGGUCUGCAAACUGACAAAUCAAGUGGUCGUGGAAAACAAGUAUGAUAUGUCAAAAUACGUUUCCAUCAGUGCUGUACAGCUCUAGCCCUUUAAGCAAAGCCGCAUUCGCAGUGGUAUUCUGAUUCCUGCCUCCCUUUCCAGUGCAUCCAGUGCAUAAUUUAAUUAUGAAGGUUGUGUCAUGGAACUUUGCUUUCAAACGCAUAUGAAGAAUGAAUGUGCACCAGAUUUUAGAGUGAGAAGUCAUUUCAUGUUGUAUAGAAUAAUGAAUUAACGCAUGAAUUAAUUGACAGGGGUUUUAAUACAAGUUGCAACAUAAUUUUUGAUUCAAAUCCUAAAACAAAUUUUAAAGAGAAGAUUAUUUACAGUAGAGGGCAAAGUGCUUCAGAGUUUUGGUAACUUAAUGUGAUUUUUCUGUGUAGAAGUCUUUACUUCCUGACUUGUGCAAGGUUGGUGAUUUGAGGACAGAAUAAAUAGACUGAUUAGACAAUGCAGGAUAAAUCUGGGGAAGCUUUUAGUGGGUCACUUAGGUGCAGAGAAAUGCAGCAAUUUUCUUAUUGGAGAGGAGUUUAAGCAGGGUGCAUCAAAGAGCAGUGCAGUGUGACAAUCCUGUUACACUGACUUAGAGUCAGAGCUGAUGUUGCAAACCUGUAUAAUGUAACUGCAUGGGAAUAUGGUGCAGAGUUAUACAAGAAAUACAGUGAGAAUUGAAAUUCAUAAUCUUCAGAAUAUCUUCUUAGAACAGUUUCUUCUGAUGUCUAGUAUUCAUUCCUACAGAUUUCAUUUUUACUAAAAAGACCUACCCAAGGAAGAACAAUUUUGCAGAGGAAAACACCCAUAAUGUCACCAAAGAGACUUGACUUGUCUUUUUAUACUUUUUUUUUCUUUUAUUCAGUCUGCAUGAUUUUCUUUUUAAAUUAAAAAAAAUCCCUGGGCAAGUAUUACUGUAAAAAAAAAACCCCAAAACCAACCAAACAACUGAGGGUGUACUACUCUGACUUUUUUUUUUUUUUUUUAAAUUUCAUGAAGUCCAGUGUCUGAUUUAUGCUUAGUAGCACUAGGACGAAUAUGCCUAGGAAAGUGUGAAAGUUCUUGAUGCAAAAAGGUAGUUGAACUCUCAGCAGGUGACCUGGCUAGUAGGAGAAAAAGGCACUGACCACUUGGAGCGUCUUUGUGAGGUCAUUUAAUACAGAAAAUUUUGACUGAAAUGGGAGCAUCAGCAACUGAAUAAACAGGAUAUUCAACAAGAAUGGCAAUGCCUUCGACUUUAACUGAAUUUCAAAUGGACACUGAAGUCAAGGGUUGUUAGUGGAGUUUCUGGAGCAGUAGUUUGUGCUUAAGCUUGCUAGUAUUAGCACAGCCUACCAGCGUGUUUACAUUUUUAAUGCACACCUUUUCAAGUAAUUUAUGGAGAAAAUGGAGCUGAAAAAUGAAUAAAAUUCUCAAUAGUAAUAAAGCACACACAGUUAUUAGUUUCAAACCCUUUCAGGUUUUUAAAAGCUCUGAGGACUUACAACUGGAGAAAAUACAGAGUAGUAAUGUCACUUGCUCUGCAGCUUCACCUGAAGUUGGUUUGAAUUAAAGGUUUUUGAACAGCUGCUGGUUCACUGUCCUCAUAUUUUUACAUUUUCAAGCAACUUUUUAUCUUCAGCAAAGUUCAAGUGAUGUGGCUGUCAGGGCUGCCUUAAGAUACUUGUUUUAUUCCCUUUAUUCUUUAAGUACCAAAUGCACUGCUGCAAUGUUAGUUACUACAAGCCACAUUUAAUUAGUUUCCUUUGUGCUCUGGAUUGCAGAGCAUUUUGUAUUAUGUAUUCAGAGAUUGGGGAAAUGACAAUAAAAUUAAACAAUGUUGCACUCUUUUAAAUUGAUUAUAAGACUGAGUAAACUUGGCAUAACCUCCAAAACCAUAUUUGUUCAGAUGAAAAUAAUGUCCACCCCACUUCAGAAUGUAAAGGAAUGCCUGGUGCAAUGAACCAAAACCAGUUUGUCAUCUCUGAAAAUAUAUUUGUUGGUCUUCUUGAGCACUCUGCCUAUAAGCCAAAUCUGUAAUCUGAAUUUUGUUAAUUAAGGUUUUUCCUUGCUGCAUUUUUUUACCAAUGUAGAUGUAAAUUUCAUAUUGGUACUGCAUAAAGAGCUUAAGUUACCUGUGGAAAUUGUGAUUGUUGCUCACUCUGGCUAAUAAAUAUAAAGAUACUCUCAGAAUGAGUUAAAGGAUUUCAUAAGUUUGUAGUGUCAUGAAAAAAUAUCCUUUUUAUGCCUAAUUAACAAAAAAAUCCCCAAAACCCAGACAGAAAGCUCACAUAAACAUUAAUGUCUGUAUACAUUGUGUCCUUUAGAUCAAUUAAGAGGAACCUUUUAUGCAAGCAGUGAUAGUAGCCCACAUUGUUCACAGAAAACUUCUGUAGAAGUUUCUUCUGAAGAAAAAAACUUUCUGUAGAAUAGUUCUUUGAUGGCAAGGAUGUGAAAUGGCCAUGUAAAACCAGGUGCAAAUACUGUGCGCCUCUACAGUGCAGUAAUCCUAUGGCAUGUAAUUUGAUGCUCAAAUCACAGUUCACCAUCAAGAAAUACCAUGUAAUGAGUUUACAUAAACUUCUGAUAUGUGUUGUUUUCAAGAUUUGAAAAAGCAUGAUGGGCUCUGUUACUUACCUAGUCUGCAGUUCAGUGUUGUGUAGUGAAUAUUUCAUCUUGGCACAAAGUCCAAGAACCUGUAGGAUUUACCCAUAGUGGUAGAGGAGAAGGAGAGCAAGCUUUUUUAAAAUUUCAUAAUCAAAUAUAUUGGACAAUAAUUUCAUAUAAAGUAAUUUCUUUUAAAUCCAGUUGUGCUGCCUUCCUGUCACUGUUCAUCUGCACUCAGCAGCUGUGAGGCUGACAAAAUGUUGCAGCCAUGCCCUUACAUUGCCAGUGAGGUUAAAUGGGGGAAGACAGUGGCUUAACUGUGUGUGUGUGUGUUUUGGUUGCACUAAGUGUUAACUGACAUGAGAGUUCUGAGCAAACCUGGGAUUACAGGGAACUCUUGCUCCAGGAAAAGUAAUUGUAAUGCUUUUGGUAUGGGAACUGAUGGUUCAUACUAAAUCCAGAUGCUGGAAAUGGAAUUCUCGAGUUGAUGUUUAUUGAUUGAUAUCGAGUGCUUUGUCUUACAAAUAAUUAACUAGUUUAAGGAUGAUGGGCUGUUUAGUAAUUCGGUAUUUCUUGAAACUUAAUCCAGUUUAUGUGAAGUUCAUGCUCAAAUCAGAAUAAAGGUCAGAUGGCUGGGUUUAGGAAUAUUUCAGGCCCCUUGUUAGUGUGUUGUAACUUCUCAGUAUGCUGAACGCUACGACUUAGAUAUUUAUCAUACUUAAUUGGAUUUUUUUUCUUCAUAAAGGGACACUAUUUUGGGAGUAUUUGAAUGACUGUGUUUUUUGCUUGCUGUCUACUUGAUAAUGUUCAUUUUUACAAAGCAGUAGAACAGGAGAGAGGCUGCAUUUUGGCAAACAGGAUGGGAGGAAUUACAGGUGCCUUAUUGAUUGGUCCAAUUGUAGCUGAAGUUAUGAAUUGAGAUCACUGUACCUUCCCUGUUUUCUGGACCAACUGUUAGCACCCAUUUGUAAAAAUACUUUUCACAGCAAAGUAUCUCUUGUGUAAUUUACCUUUAUUUACAGGCUUUUGCCCGAUGCAUCCAUUUUUAGUUUGAGUGAAAGACAGGGAAUUCCUUAGCAAAUGUAAUCAUUGAAAUAUAGUAAUGAGUCCCUUCUGCCUGUGUUUCCCCAGAAUAAUAUUUGGUAUUUUGCCAUCAUUGAUGGCAUUGAGUUGUGCUUUCUCCCAUCUACUCUGCCAGUGUGGCUCUUUGGUAGGACUGGGUAAGUUUUCCAGAAAAGGCAUACAACAGGAGGUCAGGUGACUGCUUUUGGAAAACCGAUCCUUAUGUCGGCUCUUAAAGCGUGGCAGCUCUGAAGCUGCUCCUUGCUGCUGCUGGUAGGAAGUGGCUGGUGUCUGCUACUUGCCUGGCUGCAGUCAGUGGGGUGGUGGGUGGUGGUUAUGGUUUAGGGUUUUCAUUGGUUUGGUGGGGUGUUCUGGCUGAUAGGGUUUUUUUUCUAUUUUAGCUUCAGUUUUUAUUUUCUGGAGUGGUUGUCCUCUGUAUGUUUCUGCUGUUUGCCCCUGCUUCUACUCAGCUCUCCUAGGAGCCCUAUGUGAUACAAUUUUUGAUGCUUACUUCUGGAAAACCCUCAAUGUUUAUAAUGUUUGUUGCUGAUGGCUUUCUUCGUCUUCAAAUGUGGGCAUAUACAACAGUUUUGUGACUGUUGAGUUUCAGGAACUGUCUCUGAUAUUAACUUAAGUUUUCUGAAUUUAUCCUUUUCAGUCAGAAGAGUGUGGAAAUUUAUAGAACUUGUAUCCUAAAAUUAGGCUCCCAAGAAACUAAAACAGUGGUUGUAGGUUGUUGUAUUUAUUAUUGUGUUUAUUCUUAUGUAGGUCAUUGUAUUUAUGCAUAUAAGAAUAUUGUAUAUUCUUAUGAAUGUUCUUAGGAGCCUUCACCAAAGACACCAGAUUCUGUGUUCUCCCCGUGAUAAUUGGUAGGGAGGGCAGAGGAGGGGAGUGUUUUUUUUCCAACAGCUGUAUUUUUGUUGUUGCUACCCAGUCAGCUUGGUAUUAGAAACAAUAUUUUCAUCAGAGGACAUGCUCUGCUUACGAAGUUCCAAUAUAAAUAACUUUCUUCCUGCUCACAGAAGUGUUGGGUUUUUUGUUUUAAUACCAUAGCUGUGAGUGUAUCUUCUGUGAGAAAGUCUUGAUUGUGUGUGCUAUCACAGGGAGUGGGAAGUGGCAGUUCUGCAGCUGGCUUCUCGCAGUUCACUCCCACACUGAAGUGAGUACUCUGCCCUCUUUUGCUUGCUUUUUCAUAGCAUACUUCUUGACAUAUUGAAAUCACCUGAUCUUUUGUGUUCUUGGGCAAAACUUUGAGAAUCUGUGGCAUGUAAUGAAAAUAACCUCACUGUGAAUUGUAGUGAAUAUUAGCAUUCUGAAAUUACUUUUUAAACAGUUUCUCAUCUUGUAGAAAGUUGAGAACAAAAUGGCAGAACUCCCUAAUCAGGUAGUUGUUAACAAAAAAAUAUGUUGUGACAGUUUUUUUGCUGGGGUAAGAGGGGGAAGAUAAGUUGGGGAGACACGUGAUGGUGAAUUAACCUAGAUAAGCCACAGUGAAAAAAUUGGAAAGGUUUGGAGCAAUUUCAGAAUGGGAGGGAGUAGAACUUGAAUGUCUGGAAUGCAAGUUGAGCUGAAAUGCUGCAGAAACAGAGGUGGAAAGGUUGCGUAUGUGUUACAUAAACCAGAGAUAGUAGGUACUGUCCGUGGUCUUUCUAGAUCCUCGCUUUGGGGAAACUAUUGAACAUUUGUUUUAUUUAACUUGUUUUCUUACAGAAGUGGUUUAGGAUAGUGAUUGUCUUUUUCUGUGUCCUUGUGAAGCCUUGUCUGUGUUGGACAGUAGUGACUCAGGUGAUGAAAAGUAGUUGAGCUGUUGGUGAACUGCUUUAGCAUGGAUUCUUAGAGACCUUUCCUUUUGUCAGUGUCUUGGAGUAACUACAUCACUACAUCACAGUGGUCCGUGCCAUGUUCCCCUACGUGCCAGGCCCUUGUUCCCAGACUUUGGGGGUGGUGAGACUUGCUGAGGAUGUUCAGUGUGAUUCUCACUGCUGUACAUGUGGCUGAAAGAGCUGGUGGAUGAGAGAGAUUGUUUCUUUCCUGUAAGAUUUGGAGAGGAAGAAUAACAGCUUGUCCUGAAAAAAGUUGUUCUCCGGGUAACUCUGUAUCACCGUGGUAAGACUGCUAUUGCUUUUCACUGUUUUACCAGCAGUAAUGAUCACUAAAAGGUAUAAUGUAUUUUUCCACUAAGGAGAGUGCAAAAAAUAGAAAUAAUGCUUGGGAGAAGCCAUCCAGGUUCCUAUUAAACUGAAACAUCACAGUAUUUCUAAAAACACCAUACAGGUACUGUGAUAAUUCAUUUUUAGAAAUGUCUUUUAGACACUAAAAACCACUUUGGAAUUUGCCUUUCAUUUUUGUAGUUCUGUGAAGUGUUACCUGAGAUGAGCAGAGAUGAUGACUUGUCUAGUAAGGAGUUAUGUCAAGAACAAAUAAGCAGUUGUGUUUCUUUGUCUGUAUAUCUUUACAGAUAUUUACCAGUAUUUGUAUGUAGACAAAAAAUUUAAAGUUGGAAUACUGUGUUUUGGAACAUCAUACAAACUUCUAAAUGAAGGCAGUAUUUAGGAUAAUGUACUGACGUUCAGUAAAACUGAAGGCAUCCAGGCUCUGUAGUCUUUUCAGAAGUUCAGCUAUGUCCAUUAGGAAAUUAGAGAGAUGAGUUGAUAGUUUUGCAUGAGAACUACUGCAGUAUCACAGCAGGACCUUCCUUCAUGUAAUUUGGAGCAAAAAUGACGAGUUACUUUUUGGGUUUUGGUUGUUUCGGGUUUUUUUUCUUGUGGAGCCAUUUAGAGAAAAGUGGGUUUGUUUGUCUUCUGUGAGGUGAUUGCUUUGAUCUUUAGGAUACUGAGUGCUGUUUUAAAUAAAGUUCUAUUCAAUAUAUUUCUAGUGUCUUGGCUUUAGGUCCAUCUAGUAAGCUGCUUCUGAAGUGUGCUGAUGCAUACUAUUUUCAAAGGAUGUAAAUAUAAAGGAGGGAGGAUUAACUAGUGAUCACCUGUGUUGUGGUUUCCAUGAUCUUCUUUCAUCAAAGCUUUCUUCCAACUUAGUGAUGCUAAUACUAGGAGCUAGGGUGCUUUUGUCCAAAAAAAAUCUCUGUGAUUUCACUUUUGUUAUGACAGACAGUUUUACCUUAACUUUCCUUCCAUUUUUUAAAGUAAUUUUCCAGAAUGCCACUUUCAGCAGGAAAGAGUGCUCUGGUUUUUACCUGCUUGAGGCUGUUCUUUUUCUUCAUGGUUUCUGUCACUGUAGAUUCAUUAGCAUUUCUUCCUGUCCUUAAAGGAGAUUUUAGCAUUCAGAAAUAAAACCCAAACCUGUAUGAUGUUAAAUCGGCAGCUAUUUGAAAGAAUGCAAAACUGUUGAAAUUGCCAGUACUUUUCCACAGGACAAUCCUGUUAGUGUAAAAAAACCCACCUCACUUCUCAGCCCUCUCCUCCAAAAAAAAAAAAAAAAAACAAAACAAAACAGCCUGACCAGAAAACAACAAAAAGAAACCCCAUCCAAAAACCCUCUUGACUUUUCAAGACCAAGCACUUUUCAAGUGCCUUCUGGCUGCCUAUACCUCAUAAAAAAUCAAGGAUACAAAUAUCACUGUUUUCCUUUAAAUAUCGUAAAUUCCAGAGAGUUUUCUGGUUCAAGGAAGAGCUUUGGUUAGGAUGUUCUGAAGGCUUAAUUUUGGAGAAGUUGACCUGUUCUGUGCUGUAACUUCCUUUGUUUUCUGUUUUAUUUAUUCUCGGAAUUUCUUUAGUUUUGUGAAUCUGAGGAUAAACACAGGUUAUUUCUUAAAUUUUUAACAAUCCCUUAUGUAUUUCUGUACUUUUAUCAGAGUUCUGCAGUGUCAUUCACGGCUCUUGUUUUCUCUGAAGCUGUUUAAAGUUAAGUAGGUAUUAAGUAAGUUCUGAACUUAUUUAUCAGAAUUGCUUUAAUUUAGUGUGCUUCCAUAUUCUGUCUUUGAACUUGAGGAAAAGUUACUCUUGCUCCUUUUAUCCAUUUAAACCAGAUUUCAUAUUCAUACAUGUUCUCUCAACAUUUAAGUAUUGGUUAUAUUUUCUUCAGCGUUUCAGUGGAAAACAACCAGGAGGUCUUGAAAUCUAACUUGUAUGCUUACAAAAUUCCUGGUGAUGACGAAACGUGGUAGCUCUGGGGCCAGUCAGUAGGCAAAUAGUCAGCUGUAUUGAGGGGCCCAAAAGAAGGCACAGAACCUCUGUUAAUACAGAACACUAAGCUUUUGGGACAUAUUAGUCAUUGUGAAUUUAUGAAGCCUUUGAACAAGGUAUUCAGAGGUUUUUUUAACUGUGAAUGUCCAAGACGCUGGUAAAGUUUCCUUUAUCUUUGGUGCUGACUUUGGUUUGUUUUAAGAAGCUUCAUUGUUACUGCAAAUAACAUAAGCUGUUUACUUGCUAGAAGAAAAUAUUUCUGUCUUGGGUUUUUUUCCUUUUUAGGGUGGGAAAAUACAGGUUUCUUUGCUUCAAUUAAAAAACCAUGACUAUAUUCUGAAACAAAGUAAUGAUGUGAAUGACUUGUGCCAUUUAUACUCUUGGAUUUUAUGCAGUCUUAGUCCCUGCCGAUCCAGCUCUUUGGUGCUAUCCUAGUAAUCCACUGUAAAGUGUAUGAAAUAGGCUUAGAGAUCUGUCUUGUCUCUCCUGUUUCUUGAGCUACUUUUGAAAGUUUGGUUGGGAAACCUGCUCUGGUUAGGAAAACUGACAAAUCAAGGAUAGCCAAUAGGCUGGAUAUGCACAGGUGAGGAUAACUGGUGUGGCAUGCUGGAAACACCAAGUUUUUCCAUUUGCCUUUGUGUAUUUGGAAGAACUAAUUAAAAUAGCAAAAGAAUCAAAGAUUUUUAGCUUUUCCCUGAAACAAAAGGAAGUGAAUAAGUUCACAAGCAUUUAAAGGGUUAAUUGCUGAAAAGAAAAAUAGUAAUUAAACCCUGAUCUUGAAGUGAAGCCUGCAUCUUCUUGCAAUCUCUCAUGGAGACUCCAUAGAUGUUUAUUAAACAGUUUAGAAAGUAGACCUCAAGGUAGUGUGUAACUUGAGUAGAGUCCUUGGGUAGAUCUUGAAAACACCUGCUUCAUAGCAAAAUGCUUUUCAUGGAAUAAUUUUGUUAGAAAGGCAGUAACUUUAGUAAACUCUGUGACAUUUCACUAUGGGGAACUCCUGUAGGAUGACUAUGUUAGUAAUAAAGCUUGUGGACCCUGUCCAAUUGAGCGCAGGGACCAUGCAUAGGAGCUUACCAACGAGAUGUGGAUGCUGUGUUAGAGCUGAACUGUGGUUGUGGUGCUGGUGGUGAGUGACUGGCUCCAUUGAGUGCUCAUGACAGUAACUGGUGGUCACAAGCUACAUUUCAAAGAGAGAUGUGGAAGCAUUUGUCCCACUUUGCUGGCGAGGUCUGGUAGAAUAACCUCAGCUGUAAAAUGACUGUUGUUCCUAUUCCGAAAACUCUAAUGCAGCUAUCUGGCAUGAAGGUGUAAAAUAAAACACAACUGGCUUAAUUAUGUUGCAUUGCUACAGCUUAUCUAAGGUAGGAAAUAGUUUUUACCUAUUUAUGUAGGCCAUGGACAAUGCUGGAGACUUACAGUGUCACCAAACCAAAAAUGAACACUGAGCAGCUCAGCGGGGAAUGGAUUUUUUUAUGUUUUCAAUGGCUAUUAAAGGGAUAGUGUUGACAGCAUAUUAUAACUCUUCUUCUUCACCAAAACCAUUCCUCUGUUACCAAAAAGCAGGCUCCAGCCAAAUGGAGGGAAGUCCUUAUGUUACUGGCUAAGUAUGUGUGGCUCCCUGAAGUGCUCUUUCAUAGAUUGUAGAUUAUAGCUUAUAUAUCAACCCAGUUAGGAAGCAUUUUGUAGCUUCACUUCAAAUCUGAUAAGCAUUGGCUGAAUCCUGUUGUAUGAAAUAUGUGUAUAUUUUAUUUGGAAAAAGAUUUUGCUAGAAGAAUAGCAGUCCUGGAAUUUAUAUUUUUAGGUGAUUGGUUUGGGAUUUGAAUUUUUUGGGGAUUGUUUUAUAUGGUUAUUUUCUUCACCUUGGAACAUUCAUUGUAGUCACAGCUUAGUCCUCUGAUAAGAAAGAAGGCUGUUUGAGAGUUAGCAGUGCUGUUUACAGGGAGUGAUACUCCAGAGUGUCUACUCUGUCCUCUGCUGGAAGGCACUGCGUAGGGAUAUCAGAAUAAAAUCUCUGCUGCACCAAUUCAGAGUUCACCAUAAGCCUUUCUUCAUUCUAAGUAAGCCCUUAAUGAAUUAUUUCUUAGCGCUUAAUGAGCAAAGCGUUGUGAAUACUUAGGAAAAGUGUGCAUGAAAUCUCUAGGAAAAUUUUGUUAGAUUUUACAUUUUCAUGGGCACAGAAAAUACACUUCCUCUGAGACUAGGAACAGGAGAUUCCCUUUCCUGCUAUGGUCAGGAAAUGUCAGAAAUGCUGUCUAGACAGACAACAGCAGGCAUUAGAGCUCGUGAUCCCAGCAUAGCUGCCCUUUCAACUGGAACAAACUUGUGAGGAACUGAAUUUGGGCUUAGGAUCCUGUUUUGAAGGGGGUACUUAUGUGCUAAUACCAGUUCACUAUUUCCUGCCAUUGCUGUUACAAAUGUUUAUGUAAUUUACUUUCUCUUCUCUACUGUUUUUAUUUUUUUUUUCAAACUGUCAUGAUAGCAAGAAGGGAAGACUUUUUGGUAUUUUUUUUUUAAAGGAAAGAAGAAAAUAAUCAUUAAUCACUAAUUUUGAGCUGUAGGAUUUUAGGCUCAACCUUUUUUUGAAAACUGCAUUGCAGUCUUAAUUCAAGAAAGUGUUUUAAAUUUUGUCAUUUUUGAGACUUUAGAAACACAGAGAAGACUUGGAAAUGAAUGUGUACACUAGUCUGCCUUACAACGUAGAAAAUUCAGCGAUAUGCAGAAUAAGUCUGCUAAGAAGUUGUGUUUGGCCCCAGCGCUGGCGUUGGUGCGGUUGUCUGCGAUCUGCGGAGCUUGGUGGCUGCAGUCGGUGCGGUGACCGCGGCGCUGCCUGCGGCUCCGUGAUCCUGCGCUGGGCUCCGUGCUCCCGGCGCCUGCAGGUGACAAUCAUGAACUGCAGCGCUGCCCUGCCCGCAAAGUAUCCUUUAGUAGCAAACUCUUCAGUCUCCUAAAUGUGGGGGUUGGGUCGUUUGGGGUUUUUUAAAAGGGGAACUGCCACGCUGUUACAUUUCCAUUAGUGUAAACUGAAAUUGAGUGGAGUGCAGCGCUAGAGAAUGCUGAUAGGUGAGUACGCUGGACUGGACACGGUCUGGAGGGAGGCAGCUGAAGAGUGUAGCCAGCAAAAACUGCAGAGCGGUUUGCUGCCUUUGGGUUUAAUUUAUACAGAGGUUGCAGGAAGGACUGUUGGCUUUGAAACUGUGUUAAAGCUGCAAAGAAAAUGGCUACCAGAAAUUAUUGUUGCUACAGUAAGAACAUGGCGUGAUUAUUAAUGUGCUGCUCUAACUACUGUUAGAAAUGUUGUGUGAGAUACUGCUUUGAAGUAAAAAUGUCAUUAAAGGGAACAGAUAUUUUAAUCCAUUUAGAUAUAAUGGAUAUCAUCAGGCAUUCCUGUUUUAGAAUACCAGUCUGCUUAGUGGAGAAACUAAUUUCUGGUAAAUAUCUUUUAAAACCUCAUUAUUGCCUUUUCUACACUAAAAACAUUGCUUAAUGGUUUUAAAUUUUAAUAAUAAACAUAAUGUCCUUAUAAAACAACUUGCAGGAAAAAAAAAAAAACAGUAAUGAGAUACUAUUUCACAAAAUAUGUUGUAUAUGAUAACAUAAUUCUGGCUUUCUAAAAUUAAGCCCUGAGUGUUUUUUCUGCAUGCAGCAAAGCUUUUUUUAAGAUUUUUUUUUUAUAUUUUGAGGCUGAAAUAAAUAUGCCCAACCUAAAUUCUGUUUGAAGAUUUAUAAAUAAGGUUCAAGAUAUAUAAAUAAGGGUCAGAUUAUAGAGUGGAAUCUACUUGGGAGACUGUAUUGUACUUUGUUUGAUAAGGACAUAAGUGUAUGCAUUGUGUCGUAAACUUCUUGCAGGUUUUCAAUUAAUAGGUUGCAGUUACAUUGAGGAAUUUCUGAGUUAUUUUAUGCAUUACAUCAGGAAGGGGAUAUGUCAAGUUCAGUGAAUGUGUGAAUAAUAAUUUCUGUCUGUCAGGAUUCCACAGGUGGCAGAUUGAGGACAGGUGUGGUCUGACAGUAAACUGUCUGCUCUUCUUCAAAGUCCCAUAUGUGUGAUGUGUUUUAUACCUAGAGAAGAUCCCAUUUUUCUAUACUUUUUUCAUUUUGGGGGUUUUGUUUCUCUCUCAGAGUUCUUUGACUGAAAAGGCACUGGAUUGAUUCAGUAAGAGGUGUGGCUGAUAAACUGUUUACUGUAAUGUGUGCCAAAUAUGCAUAAGAUAAAACUUGGAAGUUGUAGAAAAAUGAGUAGUAUGUGGAGACAGAUGUUUGAAUUGUAGAAUGGUAUUGCUUAGUGGUACACUAAAGGAGAUGAACUAAUUUGAUGGACACAAUCUUAGCUUAAACUUUUUUACUUUUAUGCUUAACUUUAAUAAAAACUUCAUUUUUUUUAAAAUUCUGUAGUUCUGGAGAAAGGAGAGGACAAAUCUACAAAUAUGUAACAUCACUGUGCAGUUUAGUAUUUUUAAAACAAACCUUGAAAUAUAAGAGGCUGCCUCAGAUGUUUCCAAAAGCUUGCUUUUUUUGUUUACGACGCAAAAUGCAUGUUUUUUACUUAAGGCUGUUGGUUCCUUAGAAAGCACUUCAGUGAUCAAGCGUUCCUGGUUUGCAUUUUCAGUUACUUUUCAGCUGAGAAAUGGGAGGUGCAAACUUGGACUAAAAAUUAUUAAGGAACCAUAAUCCAAUUUCUUACGAGGUACAGAAGAUUUUGUGUAACUAUCUUCUGGAAUGCUUUUUUGCAGUGCUUAUAGUCAUAGGGUAUGUCACUGUAUUUUGAGGUGCUCUGUGUAAAGCUUACGUGAUGAUGUAUGGUGAAGGAAUAUAUAUUACUGGGCACAGAGUGAUUGUAUAACUGGAAGGGUGAAGGCAGUUCCUGUACAGGUAACAUAUUGAUGAGAUUUUGCUGCCAGUGUAAUGAACAGAGGAGUGUGCAGAGACAAGGAUGAUGCCAAGGAUUUGUACAGUGCCAUUAGUAGUUUGGAGUGGAAUGGAGAGAUGAUGUCAUUCUGGGCUUUAAGCUUUCCCUUUUUAAGAAAAGCUGUUCUAUUUAAGGUGUAUAAGUGCAGUAAUGAAAAGCUAGUUCAUGUGGUCUAAAUGAAUAGGCUGAAGGGUAACUGAAUAUGUAUGGAAAUUUAUUAUGCAAGUGGUAGAUUGAUCUGUAGCUUAAAUGGGCAGAGAUUAUAAAGACAGGUAAUUAUUUCCCUGCAGCUUAUUGCUUAUGCUAAAUGUCAUUGUGAAAAAUGCUAUUCAAUUUAGUAGGGUAUUGAUGGACUCUAAACUUUUUAAUAUCAGUGAUACUUGGAAUGAUGCACCCGUCUUAGCUGAGGGGAGAAACUGCAUUGGUAGGUAACCUUUAGAAACAACAUGGUAGUAUUUUCUCAUAAGGUCUUGAAAUUCUAAAUGUUUUAAGGACUCACAUCUUCAAACUGAUGCUUCAGUUUAGUGCUUUUAUGAUGCUUUCAUUUGUGUGUUCAUUGUCACAUAUUUGCUUACUGGAUAAUGUAUGCCCACAGUAAAUAGCUCUCAAAUUGUUUGUUUCCCCUUGCUUCUCUGUAGACAUCUUUGCAUCUUUAUUGUGUGUCUGUUGUGUACAUCUUUGAAUGUUUGCAUCUGAUCUCUUUACUGAUAGAGGGGGAAAAUAACCUUUUCAACCAAUAUGUUUUGGUAUUUCAAACUCUUUCCUCUCAGAAUACUUUUCGCUGUGAUGACUUUUCAAUUUUUUUUUUAUUUAUGGUAUGCACAUUUUGGAAAUAAUAAUUAAAUCUCUCGUUAGACAAAUUGAUGAUAUAAACAGAGGUUCCUUUUUUCCCAUUCAAGCUACUCUGUGAGACUACUUUUUUCCCUACUGUGAUAUUCCUAUUAAUGUUGCAUUCAACUACUUGUAAUCUUGUUUGGACUGAAACAGCUUCCCAGUCUGAGGUAUGAUCAGUUGUGUUCAUUUCCUAUGCUGUCACACAUUUCCUUGAAGUGCUUCACUGUCCCAUAUGGAGUGUUGUCAAAAAGCAAAACUUUCUGCGAGUAGAAAAAUGAGAGAUUUCAACAUUUCCACGUGAAAGCCCUACCGCAGCUUUGGGAACUGUGCAUGUGGCUUUUACUGUGAUGAACAGACAAAGGAAGAACUGUAACUUCUUUGAACUGUUUUUCAGAUAACUCUCAAAAUCUAGCAGGAGAUUCAAAAUGCAAGAGGCAGUCUUCUCUCUUGCAGUUUCUUGUUUGCUUUUGUUCACUCACUGCAGAUUCUUUGAAGUCAGGAGCAUCUCCAGUAAAGACUUAAAUUUUGUCUCUUCACGUUAUAAAGUGUUGAACUUUUGCUUAAUUUGGCUUCUGGGUAAUUCAGGUUCUAGUAUAAUGCCUAUUCUUAAGUAUUACUCUUCAUUAACUAUUUUAAGAAGAGUGCUUAUUAUUUUUUUCUUUACAAAUUUAAUUUUGGUAAAUGGGGUUGUGGCAUAUAUAAUUCAGUUGGUUAAACUACAGUUGGAAUAGCACAGAUUGAGAGGUUCUACAAAUUCUUGAAAGGAAUUAAUUUUGUGGUUUUAGAAAACCUCAUGUUUAAAUUCAAAUGAUUAUUUAAUCUACACUGGCUGUUAGUUCUAGAUAUUUGUGGGUACAGAAUGUAGAUUAAGUUGUUUUUAUACUUUUUAAAUAGAAAUCAAAGACAAUCAAAGCUCCUUCUGCAAAUAGAAAGCAGGAAACUGUAUUCUGUACAGACAAGGUCAUUGCUGACUACUUGUUUGGAAAAUGGCGGUAUAAGCUUGUAUUUAAAGAGCUUUUCAGCUGUAUCAAUUGAUGUAGGACUCUCAUCAGCUGAGUUUUUGCCUUUUCAGUCGUCUUCUGAAAUUACUUUAUCCCUCAUACUGCAUGUACAAUUUUGGCAGGACCUUCUGGCUUUCUUGUAAUAGCCUUUUCUUAGUAAUCUCUGUUUUCUGCUGGCUGUUUUUUCCUGCAUUGAUAUUUAAGAUUGUUAGAUUUUUGUAAGAGUAUAGAUUUUUUUCCAGAGCUGCAACAGAUAUUAGCACACCCCACACCCUGCAUUUGAAUUUAAUGUGGGAUGGUCAUACCCUAAUAAAUGUAGCUGCCUCUCUCGACUAACUAAUCAAAUUUUCUAAGCCAUGAAGUCAAGUCUACAGUUGCAAGCCUUUUUGCUGUGUUAUGUCAAGCUGGUGGAAUUGACUGUUUAGCCACAGUUUAUAUCAACAAAAGUAGUUUGUAUAGUAGAGUUAUUCUGGUCUUUGUUUCUUCCUCUUUAUUUCUUCCCACACAAGCAUAAUCAGCUAUAGGAGCAAAACUGGUUUUGUGUUAAACAGCAACACACAGCAAAACAAAACCGUUGGAUAAACCACCUAAGAAGCUUCCAUAUGAAUUACAUUCCUCGCUGCAGUCAUUCCAGGAGGAGGUGGUAGUUAAAGGUGAUGGUGUCUUUUCCCAGAUGGAUGUGGAAAUGUCAGUUACAACGCAGAUCUGUUACGAAAUAAGGGCUGCAUAGUAAACAAAUGGGUCAAAGCACUUGUUUUGAUUACAGCAAACUUUACUUACCUUUGCAUUCCAGUGUUUCUUAAACUUUUUCCUCUGAGAGGGAUGGGAUAUGCUGUUAGGAGAUCCUUCAUUGUAGCAAGAGUUUUCAGUCCCAUCUUUUUUGGUUAGUAUCACUGGGGGUGCAUUUGUGAUCUCUUUCAUCUCUACCAUUUUGGUUUUCUUCCACUUCCUGUUCACUGCCCAUACCAGAACAGGAAGCUGCUUCUCAGAACCCUCACCAUUUUACCGCAGUCCUUUUUCCCUGCUGUGGUCCCCCUUCUCACUCUGAAUAUCGAGGCCUUCAGGUGAGGGCUCUGUAACUACAUUUCUUACUCAGUUCUGUCACCCUUUUCAUGCCCUCUUUUAUUACCUGGUACGGGAGAGUGACUUUCAUUCCCACUUCCUUUCCUGAUAAUGAGAAUUAAGACAGGCAGAUUUGAAGCAAAAGCAUUUAUGAUGUUGAAAUCUUUGCCUUUCUCUAAGGAAAUUUUUGGAGAACUACCUUUCUCAAAUCUGCUGGUAAAGAAUGUCAGGUACUCAGUUAUUUCAAAUGUCAUCACCCUCGAAAUUAAUAGUAGGUGUUAGGGUUUGUAGUGGAGUGAGAGAAAUCUUAUUUGACAGCAGAAAGACCUUUGAGAGAUGUGAAUGCUGCUUAAGCACUGUAGGUGGGUGGCUUUAAACAGUCUCGAUGCUGUCAAUAGGUUGGGCUAAGAUCUGGUGUCCUGUGGAUUGUAUUGCCUUCAUGAAGAUGUUUGCAUGACACUGCAAGUACCAUCUCACAUUGGGUGGAGCUUUGUACAUCAGAGGGUUUGAAAUCCCAAAAAGGGGAGUUAAUUCUGUAGGGCCCUUUGAAGUUUUUGAUGCAGGACUACAGUGACCAGCCUUUUGGUCCUUCAGCAAUUUACUUGCUGGUGAUCUCUUUGUGAAACUUGUCACCUCUCCUUCAGCUGGACAAUAUCCAAAUUAUGAUGGCCCAUCUUCUCUUUUUCCUUCUCUUUCCCUCUCUGCCAGAUGUAGAAUAACCCAGAUUUAUCCCCAGCAUCGUUUGUGAGCUCCCUGUGAUCCAAAGAGUACUGAAAUGCAACAGUACUUGCAUUUGAGUUUCCUGCAAAGUGCACCUUCAGUUUGUUUUAAUGUGGAAGUGGAUCUUACAGCAUAAUGUAAAUCAAACAAGCAAAGGAAAAAAGGAUGUCCAAAGUGGUCUUCCUGGAUUUCAAUAAAGGACCAUUGCAGGAAGCCAUGGAUAUUAGUUUAUAAAUGUACUUAAUGGACAGACCAGCAAUAUGGAUGAUUUAGAGACAAAUACUGGAGUCACUGGUGCUAAAGAAGAAGAAAUCCUAUGUGAUGACAAUUUUGCGUCUGAGGAAGAGGGUGGCAUUCCCAAACCAGAAGAGAGUGACACAUCAUUUCAGAACAACACAUUGACUCUGACUGAGGAGCUAUCAAGGGACAGAUCUGAAAAAGCCUUAAGUGGAGGCCAGGCUUCUCUAUUUAUACACACUGGUGCUCCUACUGUUUCUAGUGAAAACUUUAUGUUGUCUAGAGGAACUGCUGUUAAUGGACCAGUUUCACACUCCACCUCAACAAAGACUUCCAUUAUGAAUAAAGGCAGCGUUUCAUUAACCACUGGACAGCCUGGAGGUCCUCUCACAGAUUCCUGCUCAACUUUGACAGUGGCUCAUGAUCUUCAGCUGCCUGCGAAGAGUACAACACAGAAAUCCAAUCAGCACCAAGUUUUAUUUUUGUUACCUGAUGUAGCACAUGCUAAGAACAUGACUCAUUCCAUUAAAAAUCUACCUACCUCUGCUUCAGUUGGUUGUGAUUCACAGAAAACAGUAGGAAAUAGUGUAGAUAGCACUUUAGUAGACCAAGUAGAAGUUUGUGAGGAUGAUAAAAAUUUACUAUUAAAAGAUGAUUGUGUCGAUACGUUAACAAGCAUUUCCUCAGGUACAGGUGGCUUCAGAUCAGGAUGUGAUCCCAGCUGGGAUCCACAGAAAGAGUUUAUACAGUUUCUUAUGACUAAUGAAGAAACAAUAGAAAAGUCUCCCGUUCACUGUAAGGUAGGGCUAGAAAAGAAACGAAAAAGGAAAAUGGAUGUUAGUAAAAUAACACGCUAUACUGAAGACUGUUUUGAUGAUACUAGUUGUAUUCCUAGUAAAUCAAAACUAUUAAAUGUUGAAUUCUUAGAGCAGAAUGAGGAGCUACAAAUAGUAGAACCACAGAAAUAUUUGUUGAGUAAAGUAAAGCCUGAAUCUACAGAUGAAGAGCUGGAAGCUGUUGAUGGUAUCCAGCAGCUCAUUUAUAGUCCCACUAGUAACUGUGCAGAAGAUACUUCUCCUGUUCACACUAGCACUUUUCUAUCCAAUACUUUGAAAAACAAAUGUGAAGAGAAUGAUUCUGAACCACCAUCUACUUUCAGUACUGAUGAACCAUCAUUUUAUCCCUGUACAAAGUGCAAUGUGAAUUUUAGAGAGAAGAAACAUCUGCAUAGGCAUAUGAUGUACCAUUUAGAUGGGAACAGUCAUUUCCGGCAUCUCAAUGUCCCCAGGCCCUAUGCAUGUAGGGAAUGCGGAAGGACAUUUCGAGAUCGUAAUUCCCUUCUUAAACAUAUGAUAAUUCACCAGGAAAGAAGGCAGAAACUGAUGGAAGAAAUCCGUGAGCUGAAAGAACUUCAGGAUGAGGGUAGGAGUGCACGGUUACAAUGCCCACAGUGUGUAUUUGGUACCAAUUGUCCCAAAACGUUUGUGCAGCAUGCAAAGACCCAUGAAAAAGAUAAAAGAUAUUACUGUUGCGAGGAAUGCAAUUUCAUGGCUGUGACAGAAAAUGAACUGGAAUGCCAUCGAGGGAUCGCUCAUGGAGCAGUAGUCAAAUGUUCAAUUAUUGGUAGCGACUUGUCCCAGAGAAAAACUCAGAAAAAGGCAUCCUUGAAAGAUCCUUAUUUAGGAUCCUCAAGAAAGUCAUCGACCUAUAUGUGUAAGCUGUGUCCGUUUGCUACUUCAGCUAGAAGCAUUUUAAAAAAACACAUGGCAUAUUUGCAUUCAGCAUCAUGCCUUGAUCCCUUUGGUAGCCAUCUUAGACUAGAGAAAAGAAAAGGCAGUAUAAUAGAAGAAUCUUUAGAUUUUCGUAGCAGGACAAAACAGUUGAUCAAACAUUCUUCUACUUUUCCAAAGAACUCUGCUUUAAAACAGGAUGUAAAAAGAUCAUUUGGCUCUACUUCACAAUCCAGUAACUUCGCAAAACUUCACAAGAGACCCUACAGGAUACAGAAGGCUCGGAAAAGCGUUUCACAGUCAUCUGUAAGUGUGUGCAAUCUAAAUUCUACAAACAAGAACUUUUUUAUUAGAAAUAGCAUUGACCGAAAACGUAAAUGUUUUCAUCAAGCAGCAAAGCAGAAAGCUAGUGCCAAAAAAAGUAAUUAUUUAUAUAGACACAAAUAUGAAAACUACAGGAUUAUUAAAAAAUCUAGUGACUCUUACCCUUUGCAUUUAAAAAAGGAAGAGUCCAAAUCUGUCAGUGCUUUAUGUUUAUUUUCUUCAUCAAGUAAUAAUUGUUUUGUCAUGGAUUCAAAUAGCCUUGAUUGCAAAAGGGCAGAAGGCUGUAAAGAUCAUAGGCAUGUAGCUGUAAAAAGAGUGGUUAAAGAAUCCAAGAGGGAAGGCUCUGUUACAGGAGAUGAUUUGGAUUGCUGUCCAGAUUUUCUGCAUAAAAUGACUGUUGUUGUUUUACAGAAACUAAACUCUGCUGAAAAAAAAGACAGCUAUGAAACGGAGGAUGAAAGUUCAUGGGAUAAUGUUGAACUAUGUGAUUACACUACACAGUCUGUGGAGGAUGAAUCUUACAGUGAUAUUAAUCAGGAGCAUGUAAACCUAUACCCCAUAUUCAAAGGUAAAAUGGAAGAUAAUGAAGCUGGUGAUAAAUCUUCACUUGGUUAUGAGCAGAAUGAUGGCUUUUAUUUUGAGUAUUAUGAAGAUGCUGAGGGUAAUAACUUCUUGCAUGACUUGCAUGAUCCUCAGAAUUUAGAAAAUGUAGGAUCAGCAUUGCCAAAGCAUAAUUCAGUUUUCCACUGGACUGAUUUGUCUCUUGAAAAGAAAUCAUGCCCAUACUGUCCAGCAACCUUUGAAACAGGUGUUGGCUUGUCCAAUCAUGUCAGAGGACAUCUUCACAGAGCUGGACUAAGCUAUGAAGCCCGUCAUGUUGUUUCACCAGAACAGAUAGCAACAAGUGACAAAAUGCAGCAUUUUAAAAGAGCUGGAACAGGGACUCCAGUUAAACGUGUUAGAAAAGCGAUUGAGAAAUCUGAAACUUCCUCUGAGCAUACAUGUCAGCUCUGUGGUGGCUGGUUCGAUACUAAAAUUGGAUUGUCUAAUCAUGUGCGAGGACACCUGAAGAGGCUUGGCAAAACCAAGUGGGACGCACACAAGUCUCCCAUCUGUGUUCUGAAUGAGAUGAUGCAAAAUGAAGAGAAGUAUGAAAAAAUCCUAAAGGCUUUGAACAGUCGCCGUAUUAUUCCCAGACCAUUUGUUGCUCAGAAAUUUGCAUCAAAUGAUGACUUUUUAUCUCAGAAUGUUAUACCUCUUGAAGCAUACCAUAAUGGCUUAAAGACUGAAGAUAUAUCUGUGUCUGCAUCGGAGGAAGAAGGGCUGAGUUUCCUUAACGAAUGUGAUGAAGCAAAAGCAGUACUACAUGAUGAAAAAAGAAAUCAGUCACUUACACUGAUAGAACUCCUGAAAAACAAGAGGUUAGGAGAAGAGAGGAAUCCUGAUAUUUCCCCUCAAAAGAUUCAUAACCAAACUGCAAGAAAGAGGUUUGUUCAGAAAUGUGUUCUUCCAUUAAAUGAAGACAGUCCAUUGAUGUAUCAGCCACAAAAAAUGGACUUGACUAUGCAGUCAGCUUUAGACUGUAAACAAAAGAAGUCAAGGUCAAGAUCUGGAAGCAAGAAGAAAAUGCUGCCGUUACCUCAUAGUGCUGAUGAAGUUUACAUACUCAGAUGCAGGUUCUGUGGUCUGGUCUUUCGAGGACCUUUGUCUGUUCAAGAAGACUGGAUAAAGCACUUGCAGCGACACAUUGUCAACGCAAAUCUUCCACGGACUGGAGCUGGCAUGGUUGAGGUCACAUCACUACUUAAAAAGCCUGCUUCAAUUACUGAAACUUCAUUUUCUUUACUGAUGGCAGAAGCAGCAUCAUAGAACACAGAAACAUUUUAAAUUUUAAUUGGAUGUAAAUUUGAAAUACUUCAUUUUUUAAAAUAAAUGGCUACACUAAAUUAUGUUUAUAAAUGCUAAAGACAGAAAAUAGAGGAAGUGGAUUACAGUAACAUCAAAAUAAAUUGAAUACUUAACAGUUACAGUAAGUAGUCUUUAUAUUUUAUAUAGGGUGGAAGAUGUGUUUUUAAGGUUUAUUAUGUUUUUGUCAGUUACUGUGUUCACUAUCAAUACAAGACCAUUAUAUGUAUGGCAGCCAUUUUUAAAUUGUUGCACAUGGGUACUUAAAGGACAGAUUUUAAUAAAACAAAGAAACCACAUUCUCUUCAGUGUUACCCAAAUCAAGGUUCUGUUUAUUCCAAAA